UUCAGUCUGAGAAGUGCAGAUACGCAACAAAGCUGCUGUAGAAAAUUGGAAAAAUAUUUGUUCAAUCAUUGAUUCAACGUUCCAAACUAUUGAAAAAGUGGAGUGUAGUAAGAAAUUCAUCGAAUAAACUAUAAAACUUAUCUUGAAGUGGUGUUUUAAACGAGUUGAUUGUGUUUCAAAUUCGAAUGGAAACCUGGUGAAAAAUGUGAAAAAUCUCAUACCGAUUAAAUAGUUUUCCCAUUUCCAUUAAAGUAAAAUUACAGUGACUAUUCAAAAACUAAAUUAAUCGAAAGCCUAUUAAAAUUGUGUCAUAUAUAAAGCGGAAAAACAUCUCGAAAAUCGGAGUCUUAAAACAUUUUUGGUAGUAUUCUGCCAAUAAAAAAUGCAACCACGAUGAAGCGUGGCCGCACGGAGGAGAUUCAAUUUGGGCAGCCCCCCAGGGCGGGUGCCACUGCCCAACACCAGCGCUUGAUCACCACUAGUCAACCGCACAGCACUGGACCCACGAUCCAGUAUCAAAUCGCUCAGAAUGUUAUCAAAACGACGUCCGCCGAUGUGGCUGCUAACCUGAGCCAAUCUCAGCCCCCGCAGCAGGUACCCCAGCUGCAACAGUCGCAGGUGGUGUCAACGCAGCAACAACAGCAGACAUCCUCCUCACAGCAAGGACCCUCGACGCAGCAACCGGCCGGUGUCCAGUACACUACGACCCCCUACUCGACCGGAAUCACUGGUACCAAUUUGGUCAAAACUACCACACACGGUGGUCCAUCGUCUGUGCCGCCAACUUCGGCUCAGCAAAUCCAUGUUGUCAACGCAUCCAAUCCGGUACGCAGCCAUAAGGGUACCACCAGCACAACGGCACCCGUUGGUGUGACCAGUCAAGUGAUAACCACGAUGCCGACAAGCGUCAUUCCAAACGCGCAACCUCAACCGCCACCGCCCCCGCAAGGGCAGGGUCAAUUCCAGCGUCUCAAGGUUGAGGAUGCCCUCAGCUAUUUGGAUCAGGUCAAGUUCCGUUUCGGAAAUCAACCGCAGGUUUACAAUGAUUUUCUCGAUAUUAUGAAAGAAUUCAAAUCGCAGAGCAUCGAUACGCCUGGUGUCAUUCAACGAGUCUCGAAUCUUUUCAAAGGUCAUCCAGAGUUGAUUGUCGGGUUCAAUACUUUCCUGCCGCCUGGAUACAAAAUAGAAGUACAAGCAAAUGACCAAGGCUACGCCUUUCAGGUCUCCGUAUCAGUGCCAUCAACAUCGGCUGGAACUGCCGUGGCACCACAACCGUCACCUCAUAAGUACAAUACCAUCUUCCAGGGGACUGGUCAGAUCGUGCAAACCGGUAAUACCGCCGUUAAUUUAAUGACCUAUAGCCAUAACCCUGGUUCUGUCCAUACGUCCAUACAACCAAGUCCAGCAUCCAGUGGACCAGGAGGAGUGCAGAGCACUAGCGUUAGCAGUUUAUCCUCAAUUUCGCAAUCGCCACAGAACUUCUCGCGUGAUCGCGAGCGAACCAUUUCCGGUGGAAGCAGCGGCACGACAAUAACACCAAACAAUGUGUCCGUCGGUGCAGUGUCAACAGAUCCGAGUGCAAUCAAUAGCCAACAACAAAAUCUCCAUCAUCGAAUGAUCUCACAGCAGGUUAUUUCUCACCCGCCCCAGCAGCCACCUCCGGCUCCAGAGCCUUCCGUUGGAAACGUUACGCCGAAUCAACCGGUCGAGUUUAAUCACGCUAUAACGUAUGUCAAUAAGAUCAAGAACCGGUUCCAUUCACAACCCGAAAAAUACAAGCGAUUCUUGGAAAUUCUACACACCUAUCAGAAGGAGCAGAAAAAUUACAAAGAUGGGCCACAGGGAAGUUGUAAUUCUGGAUCGAAGCAGCUAACGGAAGCCGAAGUAUACGCCCAGGUGGCCAAACUGUUUGAUAACCAGGAAGAUUUGCUACGCGAAUUCGGUCAGUUUCUCCCAGACGCAUCCAAUCACGCACCUAUGCACGGAACGAAAAACCAUACAAUGCAUGAACAGGUUCCACCUCCACAGCCAUCUCAAGCACACGGCAAGAAACUCUCCGGCAAUUUGAUGAACGCCAACGUCAAGGGUGGCUACAGUAGUUCGCAUCAAGCCAAUUUGGCCAGGUUGCAUGAACGAGAUUAUGGAAUGAAUGAUAAAGAUUUUGCAUCGGGUGUCCCUGUUAGCGGAGGAAGAGGAGCUGGUGGAAUAGAAAAAGAACCUAGAAAUCACGCCAAUAAUCAAAAGUAUGGUCACAACGCUUCGGGUUUAGGAGGUGGACAAGGUGGUAAUGCGAUCAAAAGGUCACCUUCGUACUCCCAGAUGCCUCCGAUGGGUGGGCACAAUUUGACAGCUCGAGAAAGGGAUGGACCACCAAUUAAGCGUCAUAAGCCGAUUUGUCGAGAUGUAUCUGUGUCCGAAGCUUCCAAAUUCGGAACGUUAAAUGAUUACGCCUUCUUCGAUAAAGUGCGGAAAGCCCUACGGAGUCCGGAUGUGUAUGAAAAUUUUUUGCGAUGCCUAACUCUGUUUAACCAGGAGAUUGUAUCAAAAUCUGAGCUGCAAACACUGGUGACACCUUUCCUAAGCCGAUUUCCAGAUCUGUUGAAGUGGUUCCAGGACUUCCUGGGACCUCCUACAACCCAUGAAAGCAUCCCCUUGGCAGUGGCCCAGCGACAAGAUCGAUCUCAAGGCGAGCUGGCAACUGAUAUCGAUUUGUCUACUUGUAAACGUCUAGGUGCUAGCUACUGUGCACUUCCCAAAUCUCACGAAAAUGUUAAAUGUUCAGGUCGGACGGCAUUGUGCCGGGAUGUAUUAAACGAUACCUGGGUGUCUUUCCCGACAUGGGCUGAGGAUUCCACCUUUGUUACAUCACGUAAAACCCAAUACGAAGAGUUCAUUUACCGUUGCGAAGACGAACGGUUCGAAUUGGAUGUGGUGAUAGAAACCAACAGUGCAACGAUUCGUGUAUUGGAAGGUGUGCAGAAGAAGCUGAGUCGCAUGUCGCCGGACGAGGUUACCCGGUUCCGGCUGGAUGAGUGUCUUGGAGGGACUUCUCAAACUAUCCAUCAGCGUGCUCUGAGGAGAAUAUAUGGGGACAAGGCGAAUGAUAUCAUCCAAGGGUUGCGGAAAAAUCCAGUGGUGGCCGUACCGGUGGUGUUGAGAAGAUUGAAGGCUAAGGAAGAAGAAUGGCGCGAAGCGCAGAAAGGAUUCAACAAGCAAUGGCGUGAACAAAACGAAAAGUACUAUCUGAAAUCACUCGACCAUCAGGGAAUUAACUUUAAGCAAAACGAUAUUAAAGCGCUUCGAUCGAAAAGUUUGUUCAAUGAAAUUGAAACUCUUUUUGAUGAGGUGAGUUAUAUGAAGCGCCACGAGCAGAAUGAAACGGGUAGCGUUAAUCCGCUGGUAAGCGGUCCGCACUUAAUCAUACCCUACAAAGAUAAAACCAUCCUGGACGAUGCAGCUAAUCUCUUGAUCCAUCAUGUCAAACGUCAGACCGGCAUCCAGAAGCAGGAGAAGGCUCGUAUCAAACACAUUUUGCGACAAUUUGUUCCAGAUCUGUUCUUUGCCCCUCGACAGCAGCUAAGCGACGAUGAACGGGAAGAAGACGACAAAGACAUGGAUGUUGAUCAAGACAACGAAGAAGACAAAUCUUCGACCAAGAACGGCAAUAAAACAGGCAGUAGCGCUCCUUCAAGUAGUACUAAUGCGACGUCAAGUGGUAGUAGUUCCGAUAAGGACAAAGAAGUACCUGUUACGGUAAAGGAGGAAACACCCGAUAGUACAAGCGAUCCAGCAAUAGCAAAUAUCGAAAGCACAAUUUCGGCGAAGGAUAAAGCGACGAUUGCCACUAGCAGUGGCAGUGACACGAAACUCGCAUCAAGUGCAAGUGAUACCGAAGCAAGCACAUCCAAACGAAACUCUACGGAUACCAGCAGUAAAGAAGCCAUAGUAGACAGUACGAUAAAAGUUGAGAUCAAGCAAGAGAGCGAUUCGGAUCAACCGGGAGCUUCAACGACUGCAGCAAAUCAACCAUCCCAGGGUGCUCAACCGCAAACACAGUCGACGCUUCCGGCGCAUGCAGUUAGUAAACAUUACGAGGAAGCUUACACUCUGUUCUUCACCAACAACCAUUGGUAUUUGUUCUUGCGGUUACACGCAAUUCUGUGCGAAAGGCUAAGGACUAUCUACGAGAGGGCAAACAUCAUAGCCAAUGAGGAAAAGGCUUAUCAAUUGUCACGGAGUAACAGUACAGCGACCGCGUUGCGGUUGAAACCAAAAAGUGACGUCAAGGUUGAAGAUUUCUACACUACAUUCCUGGACAUGCUCAAGAAUCUGCUGGAUGGCAACGUGGAGGCAAGCAACUUUGAGGAUUCACUGCGAGAAAUGUUUGGCAUUCACGCGUACAUUGCAUUUACUUUGGACAGGGUGGUCCAAAAUGCCGUUCGGCAACUGCAACACUGCGUCACAGAACGGGGCGCACUCGAGUGCGUUGAUUUGUUCCUUACCGAGCAGCGCAAGGGAGGUGCAGGUGGACUCUGCCGAACAGCUUCCCGGCGCGUUUCCAAUGAGCUGAACUACCAGCGGAAGGCCGAGGCGGCACUGCAGGAGGAAAACUGUUUCAAGGUGCACAUUUACAAAAUUGAUUGUCGCGUCACAAUCGAGCUGUUGGACACAGAAACGGAGGACACGGCACAGGCUUUCAAUCAGGCUCAAUCCUACAGUAACUACGUCGAUCGUUUAACGAAUCCGGCAGCCGUGGGAUCCACGGCAGGUGGCACCGCUGUGCCUGGAGGUUUGGCUACGACGGGCAGUGAAAGUGGCAGCAUUGCUAGCGGUGGCGGCUGUGGAUCUUCGACGACAAAUGUGGAAAUCAAAACCGAGAAACCGGACGAUGAUGUGAACAAUGGAAAUGGCCCUCGAAAGGCUUUGUUCCUUCAGAGGAAUCUGAAACGGUGCAAAACAACUUCUCAACAGCAGGCACACAUCGAAACCGAGAGGACUCCGUUGGUGGCAAUAAUAAAAAGCGAGGGUUCUCUUUCGAGCAAUGAAGGUACUCCACCAGUAACAUCCGCUGCGGACAACACAAACAAAAGCGGCAGUGGGAGCGGAAGCGAUAAUAAAACGAUGGAACCAGGAGGCAAAAACAACAACAACAACGACCAGACAAAAAAAGCCGAUGAUAUCCUGUGGCCUCUCGGAAAGACGAAAGGGAUACCAGAAAGAUUGCCCACGAGCAAUGGCAAUCAGGACUAUUACGUGGAUGACCGAGAACAGUUCCGAUUGAACAAAAACAACUAUAAGAUCAGCUAUGUUCUCAACAAGGAUCACGUGUUCUACAAACGAAAGUCGCUGUUACGGGCAAAAGAGACACACCCACAGGUCACGAAAUCGAUGCACCAACGUUUCGAUGCGUUUGUCCAAAAGUGGCUCAGUCGGAACGUCAACGAUUCGCAACGAUCCCAGUGCCAGGAGUGGCUUCUCGGCACUCGGCUAGAUCUGGUCAAAAACGUGACCGUCAUCAAACAAAACAACGACAUCACACGGACACCGUACAUGCCGUACAAUAGGUACAGGGUCGAAAAGAUUGACCAUUCGUCUGCAGUAACGACACCUUCUACGGCGGUGGUCACAACGACGUCCAAUUUGACAUGCUGAAUGGGAAUGGAAAGGUGAGUAAGUUCAAACAGGCGGCAGCAAGUCAUUUAUUUAAAAAAUCACAGACAUGCUCAUUCAGCUACUUUUGAUAACGAGCAGCGGUAGAGAAGGGAAAAAAGUAUUAGAACGCUAGAAGAACGCUUUGAUUCGACGACAAAGGCAUGACAAGUGUGUUAGAACCGGUAGAAGGGCAUGUCCUUCUACCGAUUGACCAACUGAAAUUGCGCAGGUUGCAUUACACGUUUUGUAAGGUUAAUAAUAUUUUACUGUCAAUACAUCUUUUUUUAUUACACUGAUACUUCUAGGAUAAGCAGAGUUUUUAAACAAGAUAGUGAUUAGUCGAGUUGAGAGAGAGAGAGAGAGCAGGAGAAAAAUAAGAAAACACAAAAAUUAUGCAAAACAAAUUAUUGUACAAUUUCAGAAAUUGAUUAUAAACGUUAAACUAUUAAGAACAGAACACCCCAAGAAAACUUUUAGAUGUGUAGGUAAAGCGAAUAUUAUUUUCAUUACACUCGUUGAGUUCAUUUAUUGAAUUAUAUUCUCAAUCGUCGCAAUGCAGAAAAAUAGGAUGAUGGAGAAGCUUGUACUGUAUAGGAUUAGGUCCAUACGUUGGUCGUUCAAACUACGAGUGAACGUUCAUCAGCUAUUGAUAUAAAUAGUGUUAUUACAGAAUAGGUUAAGGUCCACUUCCAGUACAUGCGUUAAUAUUCCGUUUAAGUUAUUGCAAAAAAGCCUUUGUAUAGUGAGCAUACAUGUAUAUGGAAUGUGAGUUCCUUCUGUGCAUUAAGUUGUCUUUCCGUAAUGUACCAUGGAGAAGGCAUAAGAAAACCUUUUUAUCAUACUUUCUAAGACAGUGCGCGAACAAGUUGUUUCGUUCCCUGAACCACCCACCGGUUGGGGCAGAAAAACUGAUUAAAAUCUCAAAUUAUAUUUCCCAAACACCACACCUCGUGUACAAUUUCCGUCUGAUGCUGUUCGAAAUGUUCAUAGUAUCAGAGCCCAUGAAGGAUUUCUUCGCCCGUGAGUGAGUUUCGCUUCAUCGGGAUUUGUUGAUUUGACAUUUCUAUUUAACAAAAUACUUCUGAUUGGAGCAACAAACAAAAGUUGAGGCAGUUCGCCGCUAGAAUACGUAUAGUAGUGACAAAGAGAAUAUGUUAUACAAUUUUCCACUGUGAAUACUAAAUAAGGAUUAUUGAAAACAAAAUCUGAAAAUAUUUAAACCGAAAACAAACAUUAAUAAAUGUAAAGUUAUUUGAAA